GUGAUUUAGCACAAUUACCUCCAGUUUAUGGAUUACCAAUAUAUAAAUGUUCAGAAUGGAAAUUAUUUUAUCCUUUAUUUCUAAGACAACCACAAAGACAAAUUCAAGAUUUGCAAUACUAUAAUGCAUUACAAGAAAUUAGAUUAAACGAAAUGUCUUAA